AUGAAGCAUUGUUAAUGUUGAUUUGGUAUGCUGGUUACGUUUUUUUCAUGAAGUACAAUGAAACGGUUGAAAAGCAUCUUAAACAAUUAAUCUCCCGAGGAAAAGUAAACAAUUUGCAAAUUAACCCGAAAAUGAUUCCAGUAGAGUCUCAAGAAACUGUCGGUAAAAUUGUUAAUCAGCUAUCGACUUAUACUGUGGACCGUAAAUUUUCAGCACCAACAAUGAACAUCGAUUCAAAUAAACUACGUCCUAGUGUAUUUCAAAUGAUGAUUCACACCAUUGACCCUUUGACUGACGAAUUUCUCUGUAAACCUGAUAGACCCAAAUCAGUUGCGUCAGAUCGAGUUCCAAGUAUAACCAAAAGGAUGAACAACCUGGAAAAUUAUGCAAAUUUUUUGCCACCACUUGGAUCAACUUUAAUCUCUCUUGCUGAAUCAAAUUUACCCAAGUGCAGUCAGUGCCAAGAAAAGCUUGAACUGCAAUCACGUUAUCUCGAUGCCGAUACACUAUCAAUAAGAUCAACCCUUUUUCAACAGCAACCUACAAUAACAUCUCAAGCAAGACAAACUGGUUCACUUCUCACCAAUGUGGCAACAAUCACUUUACCCGAUGCAAAGUCAGUAACUUUAUAUGGAUUGACUGGGAGUGAUGUAAAGCGAAGCAGUUCAUCUUUAUUAGCUGAUAAGGUGAAAGAGUCUCUUGAGGAAACUGCCAAGGAACCUUUGGAUCUGUCUUGGCCAAAUUUAUGGCAUAAAAGGAUAAGUUAUAUCCUUUUGGCACCAAUCAUAUUUCCUUUAUGGUUAACUUUACCUGAUGUCCGUCGACCAGAAAAAAGACGUUGGUUUGUUUGCACUUUUGCUGGUUCCAUUAUCUGGAUUGCUUUUUAUUCCUACCUCAUGGUUUGGUGGGCAACCUUGGUUGGUGAAACAUUGGGUAUUCCUUCUGAGAUUAUGGGUUUAACCUUUCUUGCUGCUGGUACGUCGAUCCCUGAUUUGGUUACCUCAGUGUUGGUGGCGAGAAAAGGCUACGGAGACAUGGCUGUAUCUAGUUCGGUUGGAAGUAACAUUUUUGACAUAACUGUUGGAUUACCUUUACCCUGGUUUCUCUAUACUCUAUUCAAAGGCUCGGUCAAGGUAAACUCAAGUGGAAUGGUUUGCUCUAUUUUAAUUCUCUUCAUGAUGCUUCUUUUUCUAAUCAUCAUUAUCCCGGCUUUCCGUUGGAGACUCAACUUUGGACUGGCAAGUGUCAUGUUUGCUCUUUACUGGGCAUUCAUUGCAGUCUCACUUUUACUAGAGUAUGGCGUAAUCAAAUGUGCUGACCUCAUGAGCUUCCUUUAAUUAUGAAAAAACUAAUGUAAACUCACGAUAAGACCCUAAUGUAAAGCCAUAGUCAACCUAAAAGGUUGACCCAAGCUCCACUAAAAAAGUCUUUGCACCGAGCUCAUAUCCAGUUAAAAUAUACUCUAAAAGAUCUCAUGUGCAACCUGAAGGGCUGACCCAAGCUGCACUGGCUAAAGUCUUUACACUGUAACCUCAUCAUUCAACUUUGCACUAAGCUUGCAACUCUUGAUUCAUGAAAUCAAUUGUGCUUUUCUGGUUAACAUAGACUCUCAUGUUCAACCUAAGAGGAUGUGUCCCAACAGCAUUAGCAAAUAUGUUUUCCCUGGAAAUAUAUUUUUAACCUGGAAUCGCCUUUUUGUUGUCAAACUUAUCAUUUUUAAUAAUGUUGCAUUUUUGUUAUACUUUUGUCAACCCAAAUUCAUCAUUUAACCAUAAAGCAUCAUACAGUUAUUGGCAAAGUAAAAUGCGAAUUGUAACUAUUUUUGAAGUUUACAAAGAAUUAUCAACAUCAUCACAAUUAGACAACGAAUGCAUUCUUAUGCUUCCUUAUUUAUCAUCAUUAACCAUCAUCUACCAUUUUGAACUCAACAUUAUCCACUCAAAAUUUGUAACCCUGCAACAUUUACGUUUCAGCUUUUCUUUUCUUUUUCCUUCUCUUUCUCUCCUCUUUUCACCCUGUCUUCAUUUCUUUCACUUGACACUUUGUCUUUCACCCAAUCUAAUCAUUUGUCAUUCUCAUCUCUUCAUCUUACAUAUUUUUCUCCUCACUUUUCCCUCUCUUCCAUUUAUCCUUUUUGUUCGUUUUCCUCUUCUUCUUUUUCCUUCUUUCCUCACUUUAUCCAUUGUAAUAAUACUUGUGCCCUUUUACUUGCUCUAUUUGUAUACAACUUUUUUGUUCGCAUCAUCAUUCAUCAUGCAACCUUUGCUUUUCCCAUCACAAGUUUACAAUAAGUUGAAAUAAAAUUCAUGAUUGAAACAAUUGAUCAGUUUCAAUAUUUUUUCUGCUCAUUUGCCAAUUCUCACUUAA